UCCAAGUACAGCAUUCUUCAGUUAUCUUCCUAAUAUGAUUCUCAAUUCGAUCCUAACAAUAUUUAUUGUUUUUAUAUCACAGGGGAAAACUACUUUAGAGGAUCAGUUCAGUGUUAUUGAGAAACAGGAACUUAACAGAGGAUUGAUAAGUCAGAGAAUAUUUGGAAACCCAGGACCUAGAGCCCUUCCUGGAGUUGUCGCUCAGGAUUCGACCCCAGCACCUGAAAAAGCAGGAGACAGCAAUGCUACAGCUACAACUGAAGCAACAGCAGGUGGAAAAAAUAUCAACUCCACAACAAAAAAAGAAGGAGUAAAACCUGAGACAGCUAAUGCUACUUCUUCUGGAAAUGCUACAGAGGAAGUGGCUACAGCUAACACAACAGCAACAGAUGCUGCAACAGAACCUGAUCAAAAAGUUGAUACUGUCAAUGCAAAUGAAACACUGAAUGCAAACACAACUAAAAAUGGCACGGCAGAAGCUAAACCUAGCUCAAAGGAAGCUGGGACGGAUUAUUCAAAUGAUGAUGAAGAAAUUGAUACAUCAUCUAGUUCUACUGCAGUUGCUGAGACCAACUCAAAUGUUACAAAUUCAGAAAAUAUUACAACUGAGGAACCAGUAACUAAAAAUACUAAGAAUGGCACAAUUGAUGAAAAUCCUGCAGUAGAGAAUGGUACAGCUAAAGCAGAAGAUGUUUCAGAUGGUGAAAAAACAGAGGCUGUUACCGAAGUUGAAAAAGAGAAAACUUUGUUAGAGGAAAAGGCCAAAGAGUCAGGGAAAGACUAUUCUGCAGAUGAUGAUGAGGAAAAAGAAGAAAAGUCAGAUGGAGAUGAUUCUGAAGAUGAAGUUAAAAAAUCUGAUAAGCCGGAGGACGAUGAAAAGAAGCCAGAAGAAAAUGAAGAGCCUAAAGACGAUGAAAAGAAACCAGAGGAAAAUGAAGAGCCUAAAGAUGAUGAAAAGAAACCAGAAGAAAAUGAAGAGCCUAAAGAUGAUGAAAAUAAACCAGAAGAAAAUGAAGAGCCUAAAGACGAUGAAAAGAAACCACAGGAAAAUGAAGAGCCUAAAGAUGAUGAAAAGAAACCAGAAGAAAAUGAAGAGCCUAAAGAUGAUGAAAAGAAACCAGAGGAAAAUGAAGAGCCUACAGAUGAUGAAAAGAAACUAGAAGAAAAUGAAGAGCCAAAAGACGACAAAAACUCCUCUGAGGAUAAAAAAGACGAAGCUGAUCUAGAUAAAAAUGAUGAUGAAGAAAACAGGAUAGAAUCUAAUGCUAAAGAAGAGAAUGAAAAGAAAACAGACUCUGAAGAUGCAAAGGAAGGAAAAGAAGAAAAACCUGAAGAAAAAGAAAACUCCAAGAAUGAAGAAAGCUCUUCUAAGGAAAAUGAAGACAAAGAAUUAGGAGAAGGUGAGGUGAAAGGUGACGAUGAGGUUGUGGUAGAGGAAGCAACCAAAGAUCAGGAAAGCCCUGCAAAUGAGAAUUUGCCUUUUAAAGAAUUACAAAAAGAUAUUGAGGAGGAAAAAGAAAAAAUGGAAGACAUGGAAAUGAAAGUCAACAAAAUUAAAGGUGAAGAAGAAAAAGAUGGAGAGAGGAAAGAUGAAGAAAUAUCUAAUGACGAGGAAGCCAAAAAAGAGGAAAUGAAAGAUGAAGACAUAAAAGAUGAGGAAUCAGUGAAUGGUUUGAAUCGAAGCGGGGCUCUGUUAGAUGAAGCACCAAAUGAAGAAUCAUCCAGUAAAAAUGAAACAGAAGAGGUAGAAUCAGAAAAUAGAUCAGCUCCAGGUGUGGGUGAAACUGAAAUAUCCAUAGAGAGGGGAGAACAUACGGUUUCUUUAAGUGAUAAUGAGAUCAACCUUAUCUCUACUUUAAUAAGUGCACAAGUUUCAAAACUCUCAAAGCUGGCACAGAAGCUGGAGAAUGCAAAUGAAAACUCUGGAAACCUAACAAUUGACUCAGAUUCAAUGGAUUCAAUGGGGAACAGAGCAUUUGGAUUCAGGCAGAAGAGAUCUGAUGUAAAAUUAUCACCGUACCUACAAGAAAAUAAUGAGCAGAUUAGAGGAGUGCCUCAAUUCUCAAGCUCUAGAAAGGGUGUCAAGUGCAAGUGCGGGGAAGGCUUUCGCCCACAAAAUGCACUCAGAUCUUUUCUGGAUUCAGAAUUUAUGAAAUCCCGAAAGAAAAGAGAAACUGAAGGAUCUGAGAUGAAUGGAGAAGCUAAUGAGGAGAACAAACAAUAA